CUUUCCGGCGACGUUUAGUUCAAGCAUUUCCUCGUGGAAACGGAUUUGGCUAAACCUCUUCAAAAUUUGAAGUAAAUUAUUCAGUGUAUGGAAUGGUGACGAUGGCUUCUGAACUGUGAGAAACGUCCUGUCUGCUCCUGUCCUGCCUGAGGCCACCGUCUCUUAGUCCAAAUGGCCAAUCGUCUGUUGGGCAGAUGUGCCAGCUUGUUUUGCAGGUCUUCUUCUCAGGCUCCAGCAGCUACUGCUGCUAUUCGCCUGCCUCCAUCUGUGGCUGGACCAGCACCUGUGUCAAAGGCUAAACACUGGCUGUGGGUCACAGAGAGAUUAAUGAGCGAAAGUAUAGUACCCAAAGAUGAGUCAUUUCCACAUAUUCCGACAUUCACCCAGCUAGACGAGCUGCUGGAAAAGGCGACGGCACCAGAAGACGUCCUGUCUGCAUGGGAAAAGUAUGGAGAAAAUUCUGUUCAAGCUGCUACUGCUUUAAUGAAGUGGACUCAGUUGAUGCUAAAGACAAAGGGGAAGUUUACGGGGCAAGAAUCAGAACUGUCAGAUUCAAGGCUUCAGGAUAUGAUGAACACCUUAAAUCAACAUGUGGCAUCAGUGUGGAACAGGCACCUGGUGAGUGUGUUAAAAACGUUCUGGACCAUGAAGAUUCCCUCCACCAAUCCAAUACUCAGAUCUGUGCACACAGAGGUGCUGUGGAGGAUACGUAGACUAUCUUCCAAGCAUCUGGGCAUGCUGGUAGACUGGGGAGCAGCCAGAGAAGGACCACAGGACGUGACGUUGGUGAACUCUGCCUUAAAACAACUGGAGCUGCGCUGGACUGAGAUCACUGAUGCUAAAACUGUCAGGUUGAUGAUAUUAAGAGGAGAACGCCUGUCACCUUCUUUGAUGGACAGACUUGAAGACAAGGCUUUGGAACUCGCGGAGAGCUUUUCAGCUGAAGACAUUCGCAAAGUCAGCAUAUCUUUGGCAACUCAGAAUCGCAGAAGUGUCCCGCUGCUCAGAGCUAUGUCCUACCACCUCACCCAGAAGCCAUCAGUGGAGUUCACAACUCCACUAAUAAUGGACAUGGCCUUUGCUUACGGGAAACUGAACUUCAAUAAUUCUCAGCUUUUUCAACGAAUGUCCUGUGAGUUGUUGCCCAGAGUUCCUCAACUCAGCCCAACUGAUGUCACACGCUAUGCGAAGUCAAUGGGUUUCCUCAAAUGGCUCCACAUUCCACUCUUUGAGGCCUUUGCUGAGCACUACAUUGCAAAGAGUCAAACGUACAGCACUUCCCAGCUUUGCAAUCUGCUCAUGACUUUUGCCAGACUGGGCUUCCAGCCCAACAAAGGAGAGGAGUUUUAUAGCAAGGUUCACAUUGUGCUGGAGGAGUCGCUCACAAGUGUGGAGCCUUUUCUGCAAACAGAUGUUGCCUGGUCUCUGUGUGUGCUACAGCAAGCUAAACCCCAUUAUCUCACUCCACUUUGUCACCAAAGUCAUUUGACCAAACUGUCACAGGGCAGUCCAACUCAACUGGAGAACUAUAACCUGAAGAUGCUGCACAUCGCUGCCACUCUCCUUUUGGAGCAUCCAGGUUCCUCUCCGAGUAUCCUGCCGGCCCCAGUGUUUAGCUCCUCGUUAUCUGAACUGCAGAUCAGUCUGAGAAAUUCGCUUCUAAGUUUGGUGGGUGGUAAGACGGAGGCCAUCCGCACCGGCGUUGCCACAGUGUAUGGAUGGAUGAUUGAUGGAGAAAUGGUUGUGGAUUGUGACUACAAACCAAUUGACAUAACCACACUAAAAGCCCCUCAUUUACAGAGUGGAGGAGGAGACCAGAAUUUACCUGAAGGGGCACAUCGGUUAGCUUUCUUGGGCUUGGAAUUCCCCCACUUUGCCUCUAAGAGUCGAGACCUUCUGGGACGUUUUGUGAUGAUGAAGCGACAUCUUCACUUGGCUGGUUUCAUCACAGUGGAGGUGCCUUAUUAUGAGUGGCUGGAGCUGAAGACGGAUUGGCAUAAACUGGCGUACCUAAAGGACAGAAUGGGGAAGGCUGUGGCCAAGAACAUGACGAUUUGAACCGAACAACGUUCGCAUCCUCGACUGAAUCAGAGCUUCCCCUGUCGAGUGGGCCCCACAGGGAAUACACACACAUCCACCCACAUCCACACUCAGAUCACUGCAGCGUUGCAUAUUUUCUCUUUUCGUUCCCCUGGCAACAUGUGGGGCUUUCCCUGUUUCCAUGGUGACAAUGAUUUGGCUCAAGAAGGAAGCAGAAAUAAACACAACAGAGAGAUGAUGUUAUCAAGAACUUGAUUCUUUACAUCUGCUAACAGAAACUUUGUUGUUCUGUGUAUUUUAAGUCAUAACUGCUUCAUAUCAGGAUACAACUGUAUUUAAAUAAUUCAUCUCUGUGGCUGCGCAUGUCCCCUUCUGAUGGAAUAAAAUGUUUUAUAGUGGGGUA